ACUUCUUCUUCCUCUCUUUCUGAAACUUAUCAGAGAGUUGAGUGAUCAUUCAAAAAAAGGUGUGAUGGAGAAAGUGAGAGAGAUAGUGAGAGAAGGGAGGAGAGUAGGGAAUGAAGAUCCGAGAAGAGUAGUUCAUGCUUUCAAAGUGGGACUUGCUCUUGCGUUUGUCUCUUCCUUUUAUUAUUACCAACCUCUCUACGAUAACUUCGGUGUCAAUGCAAUGUGGGCUGUCAUGACCGUAGUUGUCGUCUUUGAAUUCUCUGUAGGGGCUACGCUUGGGAAAGGAAUUAAUAGAGCAGUCGCAACAUUAGUAGCAGGAGGACUAGGGAUUGGAGCGCAUCACCUAGCAAGUCUGUCAGGUCCAACAAUAGAACCCAUUCUUCUCGCCAUCUUUGUCUUUAUCCAAGCUGCAUUGUCGACGUUCGUGAGGUUCUUCCCGCGGGUGAAGGCAAGAUAUGAUUAUGGGGUAUUGAUAUUCAUAUUGACGUUCGCACUGAUAUCAGUGUCGGGGUUUAGAGAGGACGAGAUAUUGGAUUUGGCACAUAAGAGACUAUCGACAGUGAUGAUGGGAGGAGUUAGUUGCGUACUUAUCUCUAUCUUUGUCUGCCCUGUCUGGGCAGGACAAGACCUUCAUUCUCUUCUUGCCUCCAACUUUGACACACUUGCCCACUUCCUUCAAGGUUUGUCUUUUUCUUUGAAAUUAUUUCUCAUGUAUAUAUAUAUAUAUAUAUAUAUAUAUAUAUAUAUAUAUAUAUAUAUAUUCUCAUUGAGUUAUGAAUUAAAAAGUGGGAAUUUGGCAGAAUUUGGAGAUGAAUAUUUUGAAGCGACAGAGGAUGGGGACAUCAAAGAGGUGGAGAAGAGGAGAAGGAAUCUUGAGAGAUAUAAAAGUGUUCUCAACUCAAAAAGCAAUGAAGAAGCGUUGGCUAAUUUCGCAAAAUGGGAACCACGUCACGGCGUAUUUAGAUUUAGGCAUCCAUGGAAACAGUACCUUGCUGUGGGUGCAUUACUCCGGCAAUGUGCUUACCCGGUUGAUGCCUUGAAUUCAUACAUCAACUCAGAUAUGCAGAUCCCAAUGGACGUGAAAAAAAAGUUAGAAGAACCAUUAAGAAGAAUGAGCUCAGAGUCGGGGAAGUCAAUGAAAGAAAUGUCCAAUUCAUUAAAGAAAAUGACAAAAUCAUCUACAUCGGAUGUCCAUGUAGUAAACUCACAAUCUGCCUGCAAAACUCUUUCCACUUUACUUAAAUCAGGCAUCUUAAACGAUGUUGAGCCUCUUCAAAUGAUCUCACUGAUGACUACAGUCUCUCUGCUCAUUGACAUUGUUAAUUUAACGGAAAAGAUCUCAGAAUCCGUACAUGAGCUUGCAUCCGCAGCUAAAUUUAAGAACAAGAUGAAGUCGUCGUCCAAUUCGGAUGCCGGAAGCACUACUAGUGCCGUGCCAAUCAAAUCUUAUGAAGGUGAUAGUGCUGAUGAUGAUCAUGUUGUUACGAUUUUAGGUGAUGUUAUUACAUCAAACAAUAAUGAUCAAUCGCAUAGGGAGAGUUCAGUGGAUUCCUGUCAUCAUGUCGCCAUAGAGAUUGACGAUGACGAUUCGAUCCAUGACAAACAUGAAGAAGAUAGUAAUAUACAUGUACAGACGAGUCGUGUAUCAUGUGGGCACACUAAUGCUAGUGAUCUUUUAAACAGUGGUGAUAUAAAGAAAUAAUAAUAUAACUAACUAUUUAAUUUACUAUAGGAUCUAAUCAUGCACUGUAUAGUAAAAUAAAGUUCCUUCGAACAAUAUUAUUUUUGGAUCCAACCUAA